AUGAGUGUCUGGCCCUGUAACCUGAAAGGUGCCACCUGCACCUCGCUGUUUUGUCUUGGCGCCGUCAAUCUUACUCUGGCCAUGAUCUACGUGCUGUUCUUUAAGGAUGGCCGGCUGUUUGCCACUAGCUCCAGGCCGGCACACCUAGCUAUGGUCGCACCCAAGACGAAUAUGGUCGCACCCACGAAUUUGGUCGCACCCACGAAUGUGACAGAAGCAGAAAUGGACUUGUGUCCCGAAAUCCCUUCACACUUGGUAGUGGGUCCUCUACGUAUAGAGUUCAAUAGCCCAGUCAGCAUGGAGUUCAUCCAAAAAGAGAACCCUGAGGUCGAAGGGGGACACUGGUGGCCUAUUGACUGCAUCGCCCGGCAGAAGGUGGCUAUCAUCAUCCCCUUCAGAGACCGUGAGUCCCACCUCAGGUACUGGCUCUACUACCUCCACCCCAUUCUGCAGAGACAGCUGUUGGACUACAGAAUCUAUGUCAUCAAUCAGUAUGGUGAAACAACAUUCAACAGAGCCAAGCUGAUGAACGUGGGCUAUGCAGAAGCCAGGAAGCAGUAUGACUAUGAGUGCUUCGUCUUCAGUGACGUGGAUGUUAUCCCCAUGGACGACCGGAACUUCUACCGGUGCUACAGUCAACCCAGGCACAUCUCUGUGGCUUUGGACAAGUUUGGGUUUCGUCUAAUAUACACUGGCAUCUUUGGUGGCGUAACAGCACUCAGCAAAAAGCAGUUCAACACCAUCAAUGGGUUUCCUAACAAGUACUGGGGCUGGGGCGGAGAAGACGAUGAUAUCUCUUACAGGCUGUCCUUCAACAAUUUGUCCAUCUCCAGGCCUGACAUGAUAACAGGGAGGUGCCGCAUGAUCCGUCAUGGACCUGACUUGAACAAUGAGCCUAAUCCAAGCAGGUUUGAUUAUAUAGAAAAGACCAGAUCGACUAUGGCAACAGAUGGCAUCAACUCCCUGGAAUAUAAGGUCAUCAAAGUGGAAAAACAUCAGCUUUACACCAACAUCACUGUGGACAUUGGGAAACCAUGA